UGACAAUCAAGGUUCUCAGUAAAGUGGAAAUGAUUCAGAUAUUCUUGAAAUACUUUGUUCACUAUUGUUAAUAUUCUAAGGACAGUUCAAAAGGAUUGGAGUGUGUGAAACUUUUAGAGGUCGAUAUGACCUUAUCAAAAGUCAAACGCUGCAUUAUUCUGUCAUAAUACAUAAAUAUUUUUUAGUACUGGUGUAUAUAAUUAAACUUCACACUAGGUAACUUUUAUUACUCAGCGAUACGUUUUUAAUUGCAGGAUCGAAACUUACAGUAAUUUCAACAUUAUUUGCGCGAUAACUUUAACAUUUAACCCCAGAGUUCGAAACAGGUUACGGUUUAAAUUCCAUAAAAUAUGUUUAAAAGGACUACAAGAAUCGACUAUAAAUCUGCGAAGGAGAAAUGCUUAAAAGAAAACAGGCUCUUCGAGGACCAUGAAUUCCCUGCUAUAGACAGUUCCAUAUUUUACAGCAAGGCACCUGCCAGAGGCACAAUUUGGAAACGUCCAACCGAGAUAUACGACCAGCCUCUGUUUCAAGUUGGUGGAAUGACAAGAUGUGACUUGGACCAGGGAGCAAUUGGAGAUUGUUGGUUCAUUGCAGCUGUAGCGACGGUCGCUACAUAUCCAGAUCUCAUUGAGAAAAUCGUCCCUCCAAAUCAAAGCUUCCAAGAUGAGUAUGCAGGAAUUUUCCGCUUUUUCUUCUGGAGGUACGGGGAAUGGGUAGAGGUGGUAGUUGACGACCGUCUACCAACACGAGGCGGGAGGUUGAUAUUUUGCAAGAACAGAGACGCAUACGGCCAACAGACGAAUGAGUUCUGGAGUGCUUUAUUAGAGAAAGCAUAUGCAAAGCUUCAUGGCUCGUAUGAAGCGCUAUCUGGUGGCAAAGUCCAAAGUGCACUAGUUGACCUCACAGGGGGUAUCACGGAGAUAAUGGACCUCACAAAUGAAGACACACUUCCCGAAAAUCUUUAUGGCUUGAUCUUAAAGAUGUUUAAAAAACAAUCUCUGAUGGGGUGCUGUAUUGCGAACAAAGGUUCAACCACAAUACGAGAAGAAAAAUUACCUAAUGGACUAAUCAAAGGUCACGCCUAUAGUAUAACCAGGGUAGUCAAGGGUAAAAUAGAUGGCAGAAACAUGCAAUUGAUUCGACUAAGAAAUCCAUGGGGAGCUUCAGAAUGGAACGGCGCAUGGAGUGAUAACUCUAUCGAAUGUCAGGAUGUACCGAGACAUGUCCGACAAGAACUUGGAAUGGUCAUUGAAGAAGAUGGCGAAUUUUGGAUGUCCAUGGACGACUGGUUUCAAAAUUUCACAGAGAUGCAAAUUUGCCACCUUUCCCCAGAAUCAUUUAAAACAAAGGUAAAGCGGGACUGGACUGUAAAAGAGCACAACGGCUCAUGGGUUCGAGGUGUAUCGUCAGGGGGUUGCGGUAAUCCACCACACGAGGAUAUGUAUUGGUAUAACCCCCAGUACCUGAUUCGACUAGAAGACCCGGAUGAAGAUGAUGAUGACAAAAAGUGCACCCUUAUAAUAUCCCUCACUCAAAAACACAGGCGUCUGAUGAGAUCACAUUUGAGAGUCAGCUAUGCAAACCUUGCAAUUGGAUUCGACAUAUAUAGGGUUAAAGACAACGUCCGAGAAUCCUUAGAUGGACACAAUUUUGACAAGCGGGCGAUGAUGAUGAAAAGGAGGUGCACUAAAUAUCUACAAUAUAGGGAGACGUGUGACAGGUUUAGGUUUCGGCCAGGUCUGUAUUGUAUUAUCCCCGCAACUUUUAAACCAGGGGCCAACGGUGAUUUUAUGCUCAGGGUCUUUACCGAAACCUCCGUAUAUACAGAAGAAAUCGAUGACGUCACAGAACCGAUACUUGCACCAGAGCCAGAGCAUGAUUUGUUGCUUUCGUUGUUCCGUCGACAUUGUGGAGAAGACCAGGCAAUCGAUGCUAAGGAAUUAAGGAUUAUCUUAAAUGAAGCAUUUUAUACAGAUUUCAACUCAACAGUUGGCCUUGAGAUGGAAGCUGCUCGGAGUCUCCUUGCGAUGCUCGAUACUGGCGUCCUCGAGUACGACGAAUUAAAACGUCUUUGGACAGAAGUUAAAGUCUGGCGGAAUGUAUUCGAGCAGUUUGACAAAGACAAUUCCGGCUACAUGGAUGUUAAAGAAAUAAGAAAAGCCUUCAAAGCAAUAGGUUUCAAAAUGAGUAAAAAAGCGUUAAGAUCCAUUGUACUGAGGCAUGGAGGCAAAGAAGGAUUGGUAGAUGUAGCUGAUUUUAUCCUCUGUUCUUCCAAAGUCACCACCCUUUAUAAUCGAUUUGCCAUCGGGAAUAAUGAAGGCAAGGAAAGGUUUGAUGAGUGGAUCCAAAUAGCAAUGUCAUAUUGACGGAUCGACUCAUGAGGGAACAACAACUCCGACAGCUCAUCAAUUCUACAAUCAAAUUAAUAUGAUUAUACACAUCACCAAAGAGUGGUUAAAUAAUAUAACACUAUUAGGAUAACUUAUAAAAAACCUACGGAAUUCUAAAUGUAUGUGAUACACGUUCUAUGUCAAUGCGCUUGUAGCCAUUUUAUCUUAAAGCUAAGUUCACACCAACGGCGCUU